UUUAAAACAUUUGAAAGCACGUGAAUGAUGAUGAUGUUGUUUUUAGAAAGCAAAAAUUUUCCAAAAUCUGACUACAUCUACUCCAAGCUUGUCGUUAUCUAUUUAUUUGGAGAGUGCACACCAACUGUUUGAUCAUUUAACCCCCAAACAUGUCAUCCCUACAAAUGAGCCUCCUCUUCACUUUACCAGUAAAAAUCCAAUUCCAAAGAAAUGAUCCAGAUUUCUUACGCAGAAGCAAAAUUUCUAUUAUUUGCUCUAAUCCUGGACCUCACAAAUUGGUUCCAGAUCGCAAGUUGGACAAACAUGUUGUAAAAAACAACAAUAUUAGGUUCGUAUACAAGCUCAAAACACUCUUACUUUCAAAACCAAAGCAUUUCAUGCCUAUCGAUGUUCUCUACAAAUGCCGUGGCUAUUUAACUCUUCCUAAACCUCGCUCUAUUCUUUCAAUGAUUCAGCGUUAUCCAACAAUAUUUGAGCUAUUCACUAUACCAACACCCCCUACACCCUUCAAUGCCACUAAACCACUUUCUCAGCUCUGUGUUCGACUCACUCCUCCUGCUGCUGCCCUCCUUGGUAAAGAAUUCCAACUCAAAUCGGCUCGUUCUGAUUUCCUGGCCGCUAAGUUACAGAAGCUUCUAAUGCUUACCACGCACCAUAGCUUAUUGCUAUCCAAGCUACUUCACAUUGCACCUGAUCUUGGUUUGCCUGUUAAUUUCAGGUCUCGCCUUUGCAGUGAUUACCCUCAUAAGUUUCAGAUUGUUGACACAUCUCUUGAGCUUAUUUCUUGUGAUCUAGCUCUAUCGAAUGCUUUACCGUCUCAUGAAGUUGACCAUGUUUCACUUGGAUUGAUUGUAGAUCGGCCAUUAAAGUUCAAGCACUUAAAACUUAGAAGAGGACUAAAUUUGAAGAGACGGCAUGAAGAGUACCUUAUAAAGUUUAAAGAAUUACCGGAUGUAUGUCCUUAUAAGACAAGAGUGAAUGAUUUCUAUAAAGAGUCUAUUAAUGCUGAGAAGAGGGCUUGUGCAGUGGUGAGAGAAGUUUUAGGGAUGAUGGUUGAGAAGAGGACUUUGGUUGAUCACUUAACACAUUUUAGAAAGGAGUUUGGUUUGCCAAACAGAUUAAGGGCUAUGCUAAUAAGGCACCCUGAGUUGUUUUAUGUCAGUAAGAAGGGGCAGAGAGACUCCGUCUUUCUGGUAGAAGGGUACGAUGAUAGAGGCAAACUUUUGGAGAGGGAUGAAAUGCUGGUCAUGAAAGAUCACCUGAUGGAGCUUGUUAGGAAGGGAAAGCAAAUGAGAAGAGAAACAAGGAACGUUUUUGCAAACUUAGGUGAUGAGAAUGAGUAUUUCAAUCAAACGGGUGGCAAUGACUACUUUGAACACUAUGAUGGUUUGGAUAAAUUGUUUGAAGUUGAAGACUUUAAAUCAGGGAAUGGCACAGAUGAUGAUGGAGAUUUUGAUUUUGAUGAUGGCUCUGACAGUGAUGAAAGCACCAAAUUAUGGGCUAUACAAGAUGAAACACAGUUCUGGACAACUGAGGCGCAUACUGAUGGCGAUUUAGCACCUUGGUAGUCUUUCCAUUCUGGUGACUGCUACUUGUAGUUAAAGAUUGUACUUAUCCUAUUUGUUUUCUUAAAAUUGCUACAAUAUUUAUAUAUUCAUAGAAAGAGUGCAUAUAUAGUAUUUCAAAAAAUAAAAGAGUUGUGGUUUAAGGA